UAAAUAUCAGUUUGUAUCGGAACUUCCUUGGAUUAAGUCGCGUGUUGUCUAAAAAAAAUUAAAAUAAUUUACAUUUAAUUGAUUUUUCUGAGAAAAUAUUAAAAAAAAAUUAAGAUGAAUUAUUUAACGACAGAAAAUGGCUUUAAAAUGCCGGUUUUGGGCAUUGGAACGUGGCGCGCUCCCGAUUCGGAGGUCGAAAGUGCCCUCAAUGAAGCUCUCGAAGCGGGAUAUCGUCACAUCGACUGCGCUCCGGUUUACAUGAACGAACCCGUUAUCGGAAAAACCUUGAAAUCUUGGUUUGAUUCCGGGCGCCUGACUCGAGAAGAACUUUUUAUUACGACAAAAUUGCCGCCGCAUGCGAAUCGUGCCUCGAGUGUCGAGAAAUUCCUGCGAAAUUCGUUGGCGGCACUUCAACUGGACUACGUUGACUUGUAUUUGAUCCACGUUCCCUUUGCGAUGCCCGAAACUGAUGGCGCCUUUUUGGUUGGCGACGACGGAAAUUUGCUCCUCGAUACGGAAACGAGUCAUUUGAAGACUUGGAAGGCAAUGGAAGAAAUGGUCGAGAAAGGAUUGACGAAACAUAUUGGCUUAUCGAAUUUCAAUGAGAAGCAAAUUCAGCGUAUAAUCGAUAAUUGCACCAUUAAGCCGGCAAAUUUGCAGAUUGAGAUGCAUCUUUAUCUGCAACAAAGAGAAUUGCUCAAGUUUUGUUACGAGAAUGACAUCACAGUGACGGCUUACUCGCCAUUGGGAUCAGCUGGCAUUGAAAAAUUGUAUCAAGGAACAGGAAUUGAAAAAAUUCCCCCAAAACUGAUGGAAAAUCCUCAAGUUGUUAAAAUUGCCGAAAAAUAUGGAAAGACGCCAGCUCAAGUGUUGUUGAGAUUUUUGGUUCAAAAUAACGUUGCACCAAUUCCGAAAAGUACAAAUCCUCAAAGGUUGAGGGAGAAUUUGGAUGUCUUUGAUUUUGCUUUGACGGAUAAGGAAAUGGGAACGUUACGAGAGGAGGAUAGAAAUAUUCGUGUUUGUGACUUUAAAUUUUUCCCCGGCCUCGACAAGCAUCCAGAAUUCCCAUUCUAAGUUCAUCUAACUCCAUUCAGUGGUUUGGUCAUCAAAUUAAAUGUCAUGUCGUAAAAAAGUUUCAAUGUAAGAAAAACCGCAAGUGUAGUAAAAAUGUUAUUUUAUCUUAUUAAAAAUCGUUGUUGUCAAUCAAAAAUACAAAAAAAAAAAAAAUAAAAACACUUUUUG